AUGAGCAACUGGAUUCAUUCACGAGCAACUGGAUUCAUCCAGGACCAUGGGCUAAACAUUUUCACAGAUGAUGUUUGCAAUAACGAAAGCAGUGGAACUGAUGCAGAUGUGACAAGCAUUGCGGUUGAGGACGUUUAUGAUAGCACAGUUGAGGAACGACCAGAGUCAACAAAAACAGACAUAUUAGAAAGUGAAGUUGACAACCUGAGGACUGAUUUAAGCCAUCUCACAAGUGCGGUUAUCAUUGACUGGUUUAAGAAAGCGGAAAUCAUUGAGUUGCAAAAAUCAAAAUUACCGAACUCUGUGGAGGUAACCGAGCCGCAUGGUUCAAACGUUCAACCUCGAGAAGCCACAGCGUCGGCCUGAUCAGUAUGAUGAUGACUCUGUCCUCGUAAAAUGUAUAAAGGAUAUUGACAUGUUGACAUAUUUUCCCAAAAUGGAAUUGAUCAAAGAAGAUUUAACAAUAAUUUGCGGAGUGUGCAUUCCAAAAAACGAGAUGAGACUGGUUUGUCCUACUGGAAGUGCUUUACCUGCUAGGAUGUUUUUGGUUAGGAAAAGCAUGCUGCCUCGUACCCAGGCGCUUUAAAUAUAAUACAUGAAGUAUUCAGCACUCUUCCCAUCAGCCCCUUUUCCCUUCUGUCGCCACCACAAUACUUCAUGUAAACUCGGCAUACGCGCAUCGCUGUUUUUUUACAAAGAGACGCUUGGGUACGAGGCAUGUCAAGGGCUUUCAGAAAUCUCAAGAUCAGUAUACAUGUAUCUCGCCAUUUGAAGCGUGAUACACAUCAAAGCGCAAUUUCGGAAGACGAAAGUAUGACCAUCAAAAUGAAAAACGAGAGCAACCGAAACAAUGCCAUAGCCUUGCUUGUUCCAAAAUAUACUGCCGUGGACGACCGUAUACCGAUUAUGAAGAUGAGGGGUUUUUUGCUGCACAGAUGCGGAGUUGAUGUAGGAGAUAUAAAUCAUUCCUAUAAGUCUCCACAGAAAUUUGUGGAAUCUGUUGCUGAAGUUGUCAAAGAUAAUGUGAACUAUUUUCUGAUUGUUACAAAGCUAUGCUGA